CACCCCCAUCUUCGCGAUGGCGCCCCAUAUGCUUGAAACCGCCACUGCCUCCCGGUACCGUCAAACGAAGGUGCAACGCCACAAGGCUCCGCUACCGGGAUAAUCGAUAAUCGGGUACAUUCGGAUCAACCGUACCGUCAGUUCGACCCUGCCCCGUUUCUUUGCGCCCAGGAGGCCUGAAGGCGGAAACGAGCAACGUAAACUCUUGGUAUCCUUGAAGAAAACAGCUUGGAUAGCACAAGGCCGUAUUAGCAUGAGCGUAGCAGAGCCCUUCCCUGCCAUUGAUGGUUCUCACGGCUUCACUUUUACGUAUGAAGAACCGCAGAGCAACGUUCGCUCCCUGCAUCGAAAGGCGGAGAAACGGGAAGCAUUUCCGCCGUUUGGAUAUGACCCGUACAAAGAUCCCGCUGUUUUGCGUUGGCUUGCCCGUCCGGGUGUGCAGAAGCUUGCGGUAGCCACGCCCAGGUUAUGCUCAUCAUGUGCAAAGGCCAUGACAUCGCGUUGCGUCCAGUGCAAUGCACUGUUUCAUGCCGAUUGCAGAGUUCCCAACAGUUUGAUGCCCACAUUGGCAUCAGUUCUCAUUCUGCACCACGGUCUGUCUGUGGCCACGCUGGACAUAUUGAAGUCUCUCUUGAUGUCCAGCGGGGCGGUCAUCGCCGUAGACGCCCUGGACUUGGACAGCACGGAACUCACAUCGGAUGCAUUGGAGACACGGACGGCGGUACUCCUUGUGGGACAGCUUCUGGAGCCGUUCCGGCGUCGAAAGAAGCCGACGAAUGGCAAACAACGAGCGGCUUGGCAAGCUGUCCUACAUCGGGCCAUCGCCCACGAACGCAUUGGACUGGUCUGCACGCCAGACAACUUCCCCAGCGCAUUCAAACCCGUCGGAAUGCAAGAGGCGUCUGCCCCCGGCUGGGGCGCUGCAUCAAAAGUCUCUGCGUCGACGUCAACAGCGGCUAGUCAGUCACGCCCCCACCCUAUCCUUCAGAACGUACGGCGAAUCGGUACCGAAAACUACGUGUUUUUCGCAAAGGGCACUGCCGCCAAAGGCUCGCGUGUCAUCGCCCGAUGGGGAACGGGUGUCCCGCUCGCGGCAGUGAAUGAGAACGUUGUCUCGCUGAAUAUGAUCGCGACGCCGAGAGUUGAGAUUGAUGGGAAGUGGCAUGCGUAUUGGGACCCGGCUGAAUCGGAUGCUGGCGGUUUGGUUGUGAAUGCGCUGAGAUAUGCGGCGGCUGCGGCGGUGGUGAAGGGGUAUAGUGCGCUGUGUGAUGGGUGCCUUGAGGAGGCUUUGAAGGCUGCGUCGGCAAGCGAGGGGGAUGGGCAGACUACAGCUGCUGAAGUGCAACCGCACCGUGAGCCGCACCAGCAUUUCAGAACGGUCAAGGAACAUGUUGCGGAACUUGAGGAUCGGGAAGAUAUGGAUUUCAUGCGGUUACGCAACCGGUUCCGGACAAAGUACUGGAAAGAAUUCGCCCAAACCGCCUCCCUCCCCAUCCACGUCCCCACCCACGCUCACAAAACACACAUCUGCGCGUUCAGCAAAGCUGAGACUGUGGACCGAUAUCAGCGGCUUGUCUCUACGCCCCACAGGGCCGCUGAACACGGUGGUCUUGCGACGACGGGACCGGACGAGGAAGCUGGAACUGAUAGGCGGCGGAACCGCAGGACGAGAGUGAGGUCCGCGCCGCAUGUUACGAUGAAAAGUAGAGGUCAGGGGUGGUUGCCUGUCAUCAGUACCGACACGGCGGACAGGUUGAGGGAGGAGCGGAAGGCGGCGGAAUCAGUUCACUACGAUCGCGAGAAACCGACGUUCAUGGUCCUCCCCGCCAAUCUCUACGGUCCACAUCACUACUUUGAAACACCCCGACCGAAGACGCAAGGGUCAUUUGAGAAACCCUCACCGACGGAACAUACCAAAAUUCCCUAUCUCCCAUCAACCCCACUACACCUGCCCACCCGCCCCCGUAAACCCCGCGUCACGCUAACGACCACAUCCAUCCCGCAAAUCCCCACAACGCCUAUCCCGCAGCCACAGCAUCGCAAGCAUCCAUCCCGACGUCUGAUGCGACAACCAGCCAGAACAUCCUUCCCCGCCGCGAGUCAGGAGACGGGGGAAAGUCCUGUGAAAAGGGCCAGACCUGAGGGUGCGGGGAAAGGCGCAAGGCAGCCGGUGGUUUCGGAGACGAGGCGGGAUGAAGAUGAUGAGGACGAAGGCGGGGAUGGGGAUGAUACGGAUAGUUUUGGAGGGUUUGAGGAGGAUGGGGAGGAGGCGGAGGAGAGUGUUGGUGUAGAUGUGACGAUGGAGGAAGGCGAGGUUGGUGAAAGGAAGGAGGAAGGCGAAUUGGAAAGGCAGGUUGUGAAAGAGGCGGACUCGACGCCAGCGAUAUCGACAAACCGGACGACAUCGGAAAGACCGGUCUUGAGGACAUCCGCGACGAAGGAGAAGAAUUCGGCGAAAUCGAAACCUACCCUCGCUCACGUCAAUCGCCAGCCACCAACAAAACCACCAAAUGUUGACGCGAGUAAGGUGAAGACGAGCAUCCCCAUACCUCCAGCGAAGACAUAUCUUGCCAAAGUCUCUACAACGAUAAAACCGCCCAGAAAGCCUGUUAUGAUGAACAGCAAAGCGAAGCCAUCGACAGGUGGUCGGGUGAAGCCUUCGAGAGUGUUUACCCAGCCGACGCCGUCGAAACCCAGCACCACCACCGCCACAACGAAAUCAGCACACAUCGUAACGCAACGGAAUCCACCACCGGAACAGGAGGAUGUGACGCGUCCCGUCCAGGAUGCUUUGUCUCGGCACCCCUUACUUAAUAACAAUAACGGACAUGCAUCAUCGCGCGUACCACAUAUCAACGACAUCUCACGACCGUUGAUCAGCAAGCAACCUGUGGGGUGGCGGGAAGCGACAUUGCAGCUGUAUGAGCGGCAUGGCGGUGAGGAGGGGGAGGAGGAGUGGUGGUGGUGAUGUGCGAGUUCCCUCUCAAAGGGAGUGUUUUUGGGACGACACUGGACAGAGCUUAGGAGGGCAUGGGAGAGCACAUGGAAAGGGACAUGGUUAGAGUUAGCACACUAGGGUUAGACGGUAUUGGGUAGGGAACUCGUCUUACCGUACAACCCUAACACGUAAUCUCAGUGUCAAACAGGCUCAAAUGAGUGGAGCUAUUUGGGGUUACACCAGGGCGUUUCGGCGCGUCUUGUCCCGUGUUUCAGGGCGGGAACGUUAACUUGGCACUAAUUGAAAGCAUCAUGAUUCA